CCGCACACACAAAGCAACAACCCUCAAGUUCUCUGUUAAAAAAACCCUUACUAUAACUCUGUAUAGAGUUAUUACAUCCUGAUAUGUGUGGUAAAAAAAUUGCUAAUCUUGUGUAACAUAUCAACUCCAUUUGUUUCUAAUAAUGUUUUAUAUGAAUACCAAAAUAAUUUAAAAGACAAAAGGCCUUAACAUUGGAUUUCAUCCCUAAAUUGCAUAAUUGUAGCCAUAUUUGAAAUUUAAAGUGUUGAUAAACACAGGUUAUGCAACGAUAAUUGUAGCCAUAGAAAUUUUUAAAAGCUUGAUGUUAGGGUCAUAUACAAUUAGUUGUAAUUAUGAGACAUUGUUUAGAAACUAGUUGACAGUUGCAAUGUUAACUUCUUUUUUAGUCCAUGUUAAUAAUGCAUAACAAUUGUUUAUUUCCCAUGUGCAUGCCUCGAGAUUGAGGUUGCUAGAAGAUUACAAAAAAAAAUAGAAAGAUGAAAUCCGAGGUAUCCAUUUUUGUAUUGUUAUGAUGAAGCAGAAAACAGAGAGUUGGUAUACUUUUGUUGGUUGCAUGUUUAAAAUAGUUGAUAAAAUAACUAUUAAUAAUAGGUACUGGUCAAUGGUAUUUCGUCGUGGUGCUUUUUGUGUUUAAUUUUAAAGUGAUUAAAUACAUAAAGAGAAUAGCAGUUUGUUUUUUUUUUCCACUAUUUUUUCAUCUGCUGCUUUCCUCAUUCAAGUGUAAUGGCAGAAGCAACAAAAGGUUAUGCUGUUGUCACAGGAGCAAAUAAGGGAAUUGGAUUUGCAGUAUGCAAGCAAUUGGCUUCAAAUGGGUUCACUGUGGUGCUCACAGCCAGAGAUGAGAAGAGGGGUGUUGAAGCUGUUCAGAAACUCAAAGAACUUGGUCUCCCUGGCCAUGUGCUUUUUCACCAACUUGAUAUUACUGAUCCAAAAAGUAUAACAUCGUUGGCAGAUUUUAUCAAAAACCAGUACGGAAAACUGGAUAUCUUGGUAAACAAUGCUGGGAUUCCUGGGGCACAUGUGAACGUUGAGGCUUUGUCUGCUGCUGGCAUUACGGAAAAUUCUGGUCCUGUUGAUUGGAGUAAAAUAGUAACGGAAACCUAUGAAUUAGCUGAAGCAGGUCUUAAAACAAACUACUAUGGAGCCGAGGAAUUAACCAAAGCACUUAUCCCCCUUCUCCAGUUUUCAAGCUCUGCAAGAAUUGUAAAUGUUUCCUCAUCCAUGGGAGGGCUUGAGCAUAUGAAGAAUGGAUGGCCUAAAGAAGUACUUAGUGAUGUUGAAAGCCUUACUGUAGAAAAGAUUGAUGAAGUUUUGGAUGAAUAUCUAAAGGACUUUAAAGAGGGUUCACUAGAAACCAAAGGCUGGGCUCUUACAAUGUCUGCAUAUAGUGUCUCAAAAGCUGCUCUUAAUGCCUACACAAGGGUUCUGGCAAAGAAGUAUCCCUCAUUCUGCAUCAAUGCUGUUUGUCCUGGCUAUGUGAAAACAGAUAUAAACUACAAUACAGGUAUUCUGACACCUGAAGAAGGUGCUGAAGUUGCAGUGAGAUUGGCACUGCUACCUGAGGGAAGCCCUUCUGGCCUCUUUCAUUAGAAGUGAACACAAACCAUUUUGACCAUGAAUUGUUUCUAGAAAGCAAAGAAUAAUGGGUAACACAUGAAGCCAUGUUUGUUACUACACUUUCAAGAACUUGAAACCUUCACAUUAACUCUUGACAGACAUGCUUUAACUUGGUUCUUGCAAUAAAAAUAAAUAAUUAUAUCUAUGCAGUUAUGCUGCAUAUCAUGUUUAAACUAGUUUUACUUUCUAUUGAGAUAAUGAGUAAUGU